AUGAAUAAAAAUGGAUAUAAUAAUUUAUUUAUAGAAGAUGUUAUAAAAAGAGAUAUUGAGAUAAAAAAAGAUUUUAUAAAAAAUGUAAUAAAUUUUAACAGUAGAAUUCCUUUAGUUAAAUAUGAAAGGGAAGGAUGUGAAAUGCACAUUUGCUCAAGAUACCUUUUUAUAAACAAUAUUUUCAUUAACGUAAAGAAAGAAGGUGAUAAAUUUAAAAUAAAUUUUGUAAAUAAUGAUUGCAGCAAAUUAAAUGAUAAAAAUAAAACAGAUAAUGAUAUAUUAAAUGAAAAUUUACUAAAUUCUUUAUUUUUUAAAAAUAAUAAAAAUUUUGUUAUUAUUAUAAGUGGGAGUUCAGGUUGUGGAAAAAGUACUUUAAGUUGCUUACUGGGAUUUUUCUUAAAAAUAAAAAGAAUUUUAUCUACAGAUAUUAUAAGGGAAAUAUUAAGAAUUUAUGAAGUAAAAAAUAAUAAAUUUCUUAGAUUCUCAACUUAUGAAUCAUGGAAAUUAACAACAUAUGAAGAAGAUGAAGAUGAAGAGGAGGAUGAAAGUGAUAAAGAAGUAAAUGAUAUGCAUAUAAGAGAAAAAAUAAAUUCGGAAAACAAUAAUCAAAUAGAAAAUGAAAAUAACAUAAAGAAAAAACUUAAAGAAAGAUGUAUUAAAAAUUAUUUAAAACAGUGUGAAUUACUAUUUAGUUAUAUAGAUGAUAUAAUUAAUGAUCACAUUAAAAAAAAUGAAUCCUUAAUAAUAGAAGGAGUACAUGUGAAUUCAGAUAUAAUAAACAAAUUAACAAAAAAAUAUCCAAAUAAAAUUAUUUAUUUUUUAGUUUAUAUUUCUGACAGAGAGACAAGUAUUCAAAGAUUUUCAAAUAGAUGCAACGAAUCUAAUGAUAAAGUAAAUAAAUAUAUUGAAAAUUUUAGUUAUAUUAAUGAUAUACAAACAUAUUUAUUAGAAACAUCAAAAUUUUUAUCUUCUACUAUUAAUUAUAUUGAAAAUGUUAAUAUUAAUAAAUCUUUAGAGAAAGUUUUAAAAAUUAUAUAUUCUUUUGCUUGA